AUGGAAGAAAUACCAUCGUUAUAUCCUUCUUUGGAGGAAUUUAGUAAUCCUAUUGAAUAUCUGUCCCAGCCGAAAAUUCAAAGGAUAGGUCAUAAAUAUGGUAUGGUAAAGUUGGUAUCCCCCGAAGGAUUUAAUCCACCUUUAUCUUUGAAUCAAAAGAAUUUUAAAUUCAAAGUUAGAAUGCAAAAAUUAUCUCAAUUAAAUUUGGUUAAUAGGAACAGAUUAUUUUUUUGGAAACAACUAAAUAACUUCUAUAAAAAUGAAUCCAUGAAGCUCAUUUUGAGCCACCCUUACGUCAAAACAGUUUCAGAUAUUGAUAAUACUAGUGUUGAAAUUUAUCUGUAUGAUAUUUUCGUUGCAAUAAUAAAGCAUUUUAAUAAUUCAAAUCAAAUCGAGAACACAAAUGUAAGGAAAAGGAGAAGGACCAAAUCUCUAAUUGAAAAUAAUAUUUGGAAUCAUGUAGGGAUUAAACUACGUUCUUUGAAAGAAAUUUUAAAUGAGAACUCGUUAUGGAGAAAGUUGUCAAUAAAACUGAAUAUUUCAACAGGGCAAUCCUUAAACAUAUUCAAUAAGUACAUUUCAAAAUAUUACCAAUACCUGUAUUCGAAAACAGUAAACCAUAAUGGUAAAUGUCUGAGAGAUAUACUAUAUGAAGAUAAUGAUCCAUCUUCCUUAUUGAAUGAAGAUUCUGAUGAAUUUGAAAUCAAAUCAGAUUCAGAUAGUGACGGUGAGCAAUACGAUGAAGGACAAGAAGAUGAAGAGGAUGAGGAUGAGGAGGAAACUGUAUGUCCCUUAUGUGGACAAUUAUCAGAUACAGAUGACUAUAUAGAGUGUUCAUGUUGUUAUAAUUCAUUUCACCAAAAUUGUUUGGAUACUAAUGAUAAGUUGGCUAAAAAAGAUUGGAUAUGCAGUAAUUGUAUUAUUGGUACCGGUUACUAUGGCUUCAAAGAAGAAUCACAUUUAUACACAUUAGAUGAGUUCAAAGAAUACUGUAAAGAACAGGAAUCAAUACUGAAUAGGAAUAAUUCAAGAAUAAAAAAUGACCCAAAAAGCAGAGAAUCCAUUGAAGAUCUAGAAAAGGAAUUUUGGAGUCAUGUAAAUGAUAUGACUGAUACACUAGUUGCCAAAUAUGGUGCUGAUGUUCAUAAUAGUCGUAAAGGAGAAAUAUCAGGCUUUCCUACAAAGGAUUAUAUACCGCCAUUUUUGAAAACUGAUGAAGAAUUGGAAAAGUACUUAGAAUACGUAUCACAUCCUAUGAAUUUAAUCAAUUUACCAAGAGCAGAGGGUUCGUUAUUACCUGUUUUUGGUAAAAGAAUAUCAGGAAUGACGGUUCCCUGGAUAUAUGUUGGGUCUAAGUUUUCAACCUUCUGCUGGCAUUUAGAAGAUCAAUAUACACUAAGCGCCAACUACCAACAUGAGGGUGCUCCAAAAGUAUGGUACAGUAUUCCUGAAUAUUCUUGUGAUUCAUUAAGGUCCUAUUUGGUUAGUCUAAGUCCAGAUUUAUUUGAUAAGCAGCCAGAUUUAAUGCAUCAGUUAGUAACUUUGGUUUCUCCUUAUGAUACUGAUUUCCAGAAACAAGAUAUCACAUGUUUCAAAGCAGUUCAAUACCCAAACGAAUAUAUUAUAACUUUUCCAAAAUGCUAUCACGCAGGAUUUAAUUCUGGUUAUAAUUUAAACGAAGCAGUAAACUUUACGAUUGAUUCAUGGGUUCCAUAUGGGGUAGAGGCAAUACAAGAUUACAGAUUUACCAAAAGGCAGUGUGUAUUUGAUAUGUUUGAAUUGAUGACUAACAUAUUAGUGGAAUACCAAGAUAAUACAACAGUUUUUGACGAUGCUUUAGCUAGACAAUGCUAUACAGAAUUAUUAGAAAUGUUUAAUAAUGAGCAGAAAUUGUUAAAGGGAAUUUCUUCUAUUAUUAAAGAAGAAUUAUUUUUAAAUAGGAAAUUAAUGCAGGUUCCCAAGAUUAAGCCAGAAUUUGAUGAAAUAAUUAAGGACAAUAUAACUGGUCAACGAUUGAUUUCAACAAGAUUACGUGAGAAAAGUGAAGUUAUACCCUCUUAUAUGAAUGCUAACGAAUAUAAUGAAGAUAAUGAUAAUGAAGAUAAUGACAAUAAUGAUCAUGAAAUAUUUUGUUCAAAAUGUAAUACAAUUUGCCAUAUAGUAUUUGUAUUACAUCCUAAACAAAAUUUAAUAUUAAAACAGAUAAAUCUGGAGACACCUAACAGUGAUGAAUUUGAUGUAUACUGCCUGCAUGAUUAUUCCAAAUUAUUGGAUGAUAACAACUUGGGAAUAAAAACAAAUAGGAAUAUAAAUGAUAGAAUAGUCUACGUUAGAGAUAUCAACAAAAUUAGAGAAUUGCUUCGUAAUGCUGGUAAUAAAAUAGAUAAACUGACAUUUUGA